AUGGCCGUGCUAAUACUAUGCUCUUCUACUGUAUGCUGCGGCAGUGUCAAUUAUACUCUUGCGCUCACAGAGCACAUUAAAUUUUCUCCUUUGAGCUGUAGUGAAGUGUCUUUAGGGAGUGUAAAGGUUGCAAAUUUGAGGUUCUCGUCAUCUGGGUAUCUGGCAAAUGGAAAGAAAAUCAGGAAACGGAAAUUGGGUUUACGUGUGUUUGCGGCAGAAAGCCAACCCCUUGAGGUGGCAGUGACAGGGAAACUUGGGAAUCGGGUAUCCUCUGAGGAUGUUGUUAGCUUUCUUAGUUCAACUUCAGACUUGACUGCUGCUUUCUCCUACUUCAAUUGGGUUUCGAAGUUUCCUAACGUUGUUCACACCACUCAAACAUGUAAUCAAAUGCUUGAGCUCUUGAGGGGUCACGGAAGGGUUGCAGACAUGGUAACCGUGUUUGACAUGAUGCAGAAGCAGAUCAUAAGGCGGAGUGUUGAUACAUAUUUGAUUAUUUUCAAGGCCCUCCAAAUUAGAGGUGGGCUCAGGAAAACACCAUUUGCGCUAGAGAAGAUGAAAGAAGCAGGGUUUGUUUUGAAUGCAUAUUCGUAUAAUGGCUUGAUCUACUCACUACUUCAAUCUGGCCUUUGUCGAGAAGCGCUAGAGACGUAUAGACGAAUGGUCUCAGAAGGUCUCAAGCCGAGCCUUAAGACUUAUUCCGCUCUUAUGGUAGCAUUGGGGAAGAGAAGGAACAUAGAAGCAGUGAUGGAUUUGUUGAAAGAGAUGGAGAGUAUAGGAUUGAGACCAAACGUUUACACAUACACCAUAUGCAUUAGAGUGCUAGGAAGGGCUGGUAAAAUCGAUGAUGCUUGCAGGAUUAUGAAGAGAAUGGAUGAUGAAGGCUGUGGACCUGAUGUCGUUACUUAUACAGUUCUUAUUGAUGCUCUUUGUACAGCAGGCAAGCUUGACAAAGCUGCAGAAUUGUUCUUAAAGAUGAAGGCUAGUCGUCACAAGCCCGACAGGGUAACCUAUAUCACUAUGCUGGACAAGUUCAGUGAUUGUGGGGACCUGGAUAUGGUCAAAAAGAUUUGGAAGGAAAUGGAAGCUGAUGGUUAUGUCCCUGAUGUAGUUACUUAUACCGUGUUGGUAAGUGCUUUAUGCAGAUCAGGCAAUAUUGAUGAUGCAUUUCGUACAUUGGAUGUCAUGAGGAAACAAAACAUUCAUCCAAAUCUUCAUACGUACAACACUUUGAUUUGUGGACUCUUGAGAUUGAACAGGUUAGCAGUUGCACUAGAUAUAUUUAAGGAUAUGGACAAUGCAGGUGUUAAGCCCACAGCUUAUACAUACAUCCUUUUCAUCGAUUACUAUGGGAAAUCUGGUGAUUCUAGAAGAGCCAUUGAGACCUUUGACCUAAUGAAAACAAGUGGGAUUGCUCCUAACAUUGUUGCUUGUAAUGCAUCUCUAUACAGCCUCGCUGAAAGUGGCAGGCUUGGAGAAGCCAAAGCUAUUUUCUAUGGGUUGAAAAGAAGUGGGCUUGCUCCAGAUUCAGUGACCUACAACAUGCUGAUGAAGUGCUACAGUAAGGUGGGGCAAGUAGAUGAAGCUAUUAAUUUACUGUCUGAGAUGGUGGGAAAUCAUUGUGAACCUGAUGUCAUGGUGAUUAAUUCUCUGAUUGAUAUGCUUUACAAAGCGAGUCGAGUGGAUGAGGCAUGGGAAAUGUUCAGUAGAAUGAAGGGCAUGAAACUUGCACCUACUGUUGUGACCUACAACACACUGCUAGCAGGUUUGAGAAAAGAAGGUAAAGUCCAGAAGGCAAUUGAUUUAUUUGAGAGCAUGAAGGCACAAGGGUGUUCCCCAAAUACAGUAACCUUGAACACACUACUAGAUUGCCUUUGCAAAAAUGAUGAGGUUGAUUUAGCCUUGAAGAUGAUGUAUGAAGUUAACUGUGGCUGUGAUGUUCUCACUUUCAAUACCAUCAUUCAUGGUUGUGUGAAAGAAAAUAGAGUUAAUGAUGCGAUUUGGGUCUUCUAUCAAAUGAAGAAGUUUCUUAGGCCUGAUCAGAUUACUUUGUGCACCUUGCUUCCUGGUAUUGUAAGGUGUGAGCAGAUUGAGGGGGCUUUCAAGAUUGCUGAGGAGUUUGUUCAUGGAUCACGGGUGGAUGGUUCUUUCUGGGAAGAUUUAAUGGAAGGGAUUUUAACUGAAGCCGGGACAGAGAAAUCUAUUGCAUUUGCUCGAAGGGUGGCAAGCGCUAGGCUCUGUUUGGAUGACUCCAUAUUGUUUCCUGUCAUCAAAGUUUUCUGUAAGCGUAGGAAGGCAUUGGAAGCUAAAAAUGCAUUUUCAAUGUUUACAAAGGAAGUGGGAAUUGCACCAACGAAGAAAUCUUACAACUGGCUAAUUGCUGCUCUGCUUGCAGUGCGCAACUCUGAUGCAGCUUGGAAUCUUUUUGAGGAAAUGAAGGCUCAGGGUUUAACUCCUGACGUAUUCACCUACAACAAUUUACUCAAUGCUCAUGGGAAGUCUGGCAAGAUUAAUGAGCUCUUCAAACUAUAUCAAGAGAUGAUCUACAAAGGGUGCAAUCCAAAUGAUAUAACCCACAACAUAGUUAUCUCCAACCUUGUGAAAUCCAAAUGCAUGGAUAAGGCCAUGAAUUUGUUCUAUGAUCUCAUUAGUGGUGGUAGUGAUUUCUCUCCCACUCCUUGCACCUAUGGCCCACUAAUAGACGGUCUUCUAAAAUCUGGGAGAAUCGAGAGAGCAAAACAGCUGUUCGAGGACAUGGUGGAAUACGGUUGCAAGCCCAAUUGUGCUGUGUACAACAUUCUCAUGAAUGGAUUAGGGAAGAAAGUUGGCGAUGUGGAUACUGCCUGUGAAUUGUUUCAAAGGAUGGUAAGAGAAGGAGUAAGACCAGACUUGAAAACUUAUUCCAUUUUAGUCGACAGCCUUUGCUUGGCAGGGAGAGUGGAUGAAGCUCUGCACUACUUCGAGGAAUUAAAGCAGACUGGUUUAGAACCAGAUGUGAUUGCAUACAACGUGAUGAUAGAUGGACUGGGGAGAUCUGGUAGGAUAGAAGAAGCUCUUGCAUUUUUCGAAGAAAUGAGAAAUAGGGGUCUCAAACCUGAUCUCUACACAUAUAAUUCUCUGAUUCUGUAUCUCGGGAUUGGUGGAAUGGUGGAACAAGCAAAGAAGAUGUACGAGGAGCUGGAAAUGGUGGGCCUCGAGCCUAACGUGUUCACUUACAAUGCUCUGAUCCGGAGUUACAGUGUUUCGGGGAAAUCUGAUCUCGCUUAUGUUGUCUAUGAGAAGAUGAUGGUUGGCGGCUGCAGUCCUAACGAUGGAACAUUUGCUCAGCUUCCUAAUACGUCGUAA